AUGACAGCAGCGGUCCACAACGGCAUACCAAACGGAGUCGCAUCAAGCUCAAAGAUCGCUUCCUAUCUCGCCGAUGAAAGUAGGUUCGCCAGCAUCGACAAGAUCCUCGAUAGGAGGGGACCAUGGACCGAUGAGAGGUUCGAAGGUGGGCAAGGUACGAAAGACUUCCUGAGAAACCAGAGUAAGAUAUUGGUAAUCGGUGCGGGAGGGCUGGGGUGUGAGAUCUUACAGAACCUUGCUUUGACUGGAUUCAAUGAUAUUCAUGUGAUUGAUAUGGAUACUAUCGAUAUCUCGAAUCUCAAUCGUCAAUUCUUAUUCAGGGAAUCAGAUGUAGGUAAAUCGAAAGCUCUCGUGGCUGCCGAGUUCGUCAUGAACAGAGUACCGGGCGUGAAAGUUACUCCAUAUCAUGGAAAAAUCCAGGAUCAUCCUUUAUCAUUCUAUGAACAAUUCAACAUCGUCGUAGCUGGCUUAGACAGUAUAUCAGCUAGAAGAUGGAUCAAUGCUACUCUCGUACAGAUGGCUCAGGAGGAUGAAGAGCAAUUGAAGCCUUUGAUUGAUGGCGGUACGGAGGGAUUCAAGGGCCAAGCUAGAGUUAUAUUACCUACUGUCACAUCCUGUUAUGAAUGCUCGAUCGAUAUGCUCACCCCUCCCACUGCAUUCCCUAUCUGUACCAUCGCCAAUACCCCUCGAUUACCUGAACAUUGUAUAGAAUGGGCAAGUGUACUAGAAUGGCCCAAGGUGCAUAAGGACAAAAAACUAGAUACGGAUGAUCCCGAUCACAUAGAAUGGUUAUACCAACAAGCAUCCGCCCGAGCAGCUCAAUUCAAGAUCGAAGGUGUCACUUGGGCUCUGACUCAGGGUGUGGUCAAGAAUAUCAUCCCUGCUAUAGCGAGUACCAAUGCCAUCAUAGCUGCUUCAUGCUGCAAUGAAGCGCUUAAGAUAGCUACGGCUUGCGCUCCUUACCUCAACAAUUACAUGAUGUAUGUCGGCAACGAUUCCGUGUAUACGUAUACUUUCGAACAUGAAAAACGACCUGAAUGUCCGGUCUGUGGUGGAGAGAGCUUGACUGCCGAUGCGGGUAAAGACUGGACUUUGGAGAGGUUUAUCGAAAGUCUGACGAAUAGACAGGAUCUCCAAAUAUCCAAACCUUCUUUGUCAUAUUCGAAAGGCGCACUGUUCUGGCCAUCACCUCCAGACGUAUACGAAGCUACUAAACCGAAUCUCGAUAAAUUGCUUGUAGAUUUGUUAGGGGAUGAAGAAGGUAUUGUGGUCACCGAUCCGGCUUUACCAGUCAGUGUGAAUCUGUCUAUCAACUAUGUAUGA